GAUUGCUUAUCAACUCUCAGACAUAUGUCCUCACCUUUUUCAUUGCUUGGAUCCUCGCACUUUGAUCCGUUUCUUUCCAGAUCAACCUCUCCCAAUAACUUGGUCAGUGCCAUUAAUGCGUCCUGGGUCAGAGUUGAUACCUCACCCGGAGGUGAAACUCUUGAGAUACAUCGAUCACUGUCCACUAGCAAAUACCAGUAUUCACUCACUUGGUAUGCAUUUUCAUCUCCCAAGUUCCUGAUAGUUUUUCCACAACUUUGUUUACCUUAUCUGCUGCUUGUUCUAAAAUAUAUUGCUUCUUGAUGGAACCCCCUUGCUCCUCAUUGAACGCAGAUGUAAAGGGAAUGAGAAGCACAAUUUUUCGGCUCUUAUGCUGAUAAGAACCCAUCUUUCCCUUUCGACCACUUGUCAAGCUGUAAGGUCCUCACAACAUGAUAACUGCAUUGAGAACUAUUGUAUAAGGAGGCAGUCUGCUGAUCGUGUAUAGAAGUAGAGCUUUCCCACCAACCUACAGAGUUAUUAGAUGUAGCAUUUCCUUUACUUAUGUAGGACCAAGAGUUCAGGCCAGAAGACACAGCAUCUAGAAUCUGCAUCAAGCCAGCAUAGGUAAAAUUCUUCACCAAGUCAUCAUUAGGAAGUGUUGUUUACACCAGCAGGUCCUGGAACAUGAUCAAAGGUUAGCAAUUCCUGUUCUUAGCGCCAGAUUCCAACACCCUGACAAGAGACUGAACUUCAAGAGCGACCUCCAACCCAAUAGUCAACCUAUGUAAAGAACCAAGAUCAUUCACCUCCUUUUGCAAAAGCUGGAACUGAACUUUCUCAAUCACUAACUGCUCAUGCUUCAAUUCACCAAAACAAAUUGCUGCCAAUGCUUUAGCAAGUUUAAUUUUGCCAACUCCAGUAGGACAUAAGGGCAUAGCAGCAAUGUGACUCAUUAGAAGUAUUCUCUUAUCAACCCUC